CACACACCUACCAACAACUCACAAACACACACCCAGGUAAAGCUCUCUCCUCCGUCUCAAUCACUCCGAGAUAUCUUCUCUACAGCCACCCAGUACAGCCACUGAGAUAAGUGUUAUGGAAGGACCCAGGCCGGUUGUUCUGAGCGGCCCCUCGGGGGCAGGGAAGAGCACUCUUAUGAAGAUGCUGCUGAGGGAUUACGAUGGAGUCUUUGGCUUCAGCGUGUCACAUACAACAAGGAGCCCACGUCCAGGAGAGGUAGACGGCAAAGAUUACCACUUCUCCAACAGGGAGGCUAUGCAGGAGGAUAUUGACGAUGGGACGUACAUUGAGAAUGCAGAGUUUUCCGGGAACCUGUAUGGAACAAGCAAGUCUUCUGUAGAUGAAGUGCGGGCCAAUGGUCUCAUCUGCAUUCUGGAUGUGGACAUCCAGGGAGUAAGGAACAUCAAGCAAACUGACCUGGACCCUAUCUAUGUCUCUAUCCAGCCCCCCUCUAUAGAGAUCCUGGAAAAGCGUCUGAGGGACAGAAAUACGGAGACCGAGGAGAGUCUGCAGAAGCGUCUGGAGGCAGCACGGGUUGACAUGGAGCUCAGCAACGAGCCUGGAGUGUUUGACAUGCUUAUUGUCAAUGAUGACUUAGAGGAGGCUUAUGAGAAGUUGCAAAGUGCUCUUAUUGAGGAAAUUACUAAAGUUCAGUCAACCAAGAAAGAAAGAUGCAAUUCUAUUAUGUCAGGACCCAGGCCUGUUGUAAUAAGUGGCCCCUCAGGGGCAGGGAAGAGCACUCUGCUGAAGAAGCUGCUGAAGGACUACAAGGGAGUUUUCGGCUUCAGCGUAUCACAUACAACAAGGGACCCACGUCCAGGAGAGGUAGAUGGCAAAGGCCUGUUCGGUCUGCCUAUGCUUCUGGGGGCUAUGUUACUGCCCGUAGCAGACAUCCUAUCUUCUGUUUCAUCCGCAGAUUACCACUUCACAAACAGGGAGGCUAUGCAGGAGGAUAUUGACAAGGGAGAAUUCAUUGAGACUGAUGAGUUUUCGGGCAACCUGUACGGAACAAGUAAGAGUGCUGUACAGGACGUGCGGGCCAAGGGCCUCAUUUGUAUCUUGGACGUGGAUAUCGCAGGGGUGAGGCACAUCAAGGAGACUAACCUGGACCCAAUCUACAUCUCUAUCCAGCCCCCCUCUAUUGAGGUCCUGGAAGAACGUUUGAGGGGUAGAGCGACGGAGACAGAGGAGAAAAUACAGAGCCGCCUGGAAGAAGCCCGGACUGACAUGGAGGAGUGCAACGAGCCUGGAUUGUUUGACAUUGUCAUUGUCAACAGCGACUUGGAUGAGGCCUAUGAGAAGUUGCAAAGUGUUCUUAAGGAGGAAAUGUCGGAUGUGAUUCUGAUGAAGGCCUUUCAAGGCCAAACCUGCUAUUUAAUUUCAUUUUAAUAGUGUGUAUUGGUAAUUAGACAAUUGGAACAAGGACUUUGUAAUUACAAAUGCACUCGCUGAAGGUAAUUCCACACAAAUCAACUCGCUGAAUGAAGGCAAUUCCACGUGUGUAGUGACUCAUAAUCUAUUUUCUGUAGUUAUUUUAUUACACAACGUCCUUGAUCCAGUAUGCAACUAAAAUGUUUUGUAAUUCUACUUUUGGAAGUCACCUGUGUAUUACCAUGUCAAGAACUCCAACCCCAAAUGUGUAAAUGAGGCGACAUUAAAGCAUAACCCUUUUGGUUACUUUGUACUACGUGACAACAUUUGACAACCAACUUUGUAAUUGCAAUGUUGUUAUAAAGGAUAUACAUGUAUUUACAAUGUAUUUACCCAAGAGCAAGCAACUUAAUAUAUAGUUACCGUUUUAUGGAAAAGGUAAGACAUGCUUUGAUUUUGUUAACCUGGCCACUAUCUCCUCAUGAUAACUUUUAAGCGUUUAUGGCAUACAACCAAUUCAAAAUAUUCGUAAAAUAACUUUUUAGAUGCACAAUUGAAGACACAGAUUUGUACAUUGUUUACAAUGUUUGUUUUUGACAAUGUAAUGUAGCUACAGGCCUAGCUACUCGUCUACAGCAUUGUAUUAAAUGAGAUUGGUUUUGAAUAUGAAUCUUUAUUAAAUCCAUUAAAGGCCCAGUGCAGUCAAA